ACCAGUUCCGCGCAUGCUCAUCAUCAGCUACCGUGGCAAUACACACGUGCUUACGGCCAGCCGCGGGGCCUGCGUCGUAGCGGCCUGGAGUUGUUGCAUGUAGGACGUUUCUCGCACCUUGACUCCUGUCCUCCGUGAGAGCCUGUUUGUGAUUAGUGUCCUGUGCACACGCCUUGCGAGCGACGGCGCCAUGAGUCUGUCUUCCGGCAUACGAGUUGAAUGGAUCGCAGCAGUUACUAUUGCUGCUGGUACAGCUGCAAUUGGUUAUCUAGCUUACAAAAGAUUUUAUGUUAAAGAUCAUCGCAACAAAUCUAUGGUAAACCUUCACAUCCAGAAAGACAACCCCAAGAUAGUACAUGCUUUUGACAUGGAGGAUUUGGGAGAUAAAGCUGUGUACUGCCGUUGUUGGAGGUCCAAAAAGUUCCCAUUCUGCGAUGGAGCUCACACAAAACACAAUGAAGAGACUGGAGACAACGUGGGACCUCUGAUCAUUAAGAAAAAGGAAACUUAAAUGAACAGUUUUGAUGCUGCAAACCAACUAGUCAUGAUGUUACCUGAUUAUUUAAUUAGAAUGACUACCACUUCUGUCUAAUUCACUUCCCCUGGGUUCUAGAUGUGGUAUGUUGCAAACUGCAACUUUCAUAUUCAUGGCAUUUGCCUUACUUGUUGAACCAUCCUGGUGCACAUUUCUUUAAACAAAAAAAGGAAAAAGUUAAAACCAACCUUAUGGACUGUGGGUUAUUUUGGUCUUGUAAGGAUCCAUUUCUUUACAUUUAAAAUAAUAUUAGAAUAUAGUUGUAUGGUGAAGUUAACACAUUAAAUUAUUCUCAAAAUCA